AACGAAAGCAGAAUAUUUUCCAAAAUUAUAAUGUAAAUAAAAACACGUGUUUUUUAUCAAUUAAUUUCUCUUCUGUGGAAAGAACAUUUAAGGAAAAUAUCUCUUAAAUGUUAAAGUUCUUUUAUCAAUCUAAUCGUAUAGUUUGUAGAAGUACAGGAAGACUUUUUAGUUCAUUUACCGGUAUAAUGUCUGAAGCAAUUGACGUUAAGAAGGCAGAGAUUGCAUUGGAGAAGCAAAGAAAGAAAGAAUAUAAAUCGAGAUACGAUGGGAGCAAGAAGAGGUGCAACUGGGUAACAACACCACCAUCCGGUACAACAGAAGAAGGUCCGGAGGGGAAGAAAGCCUGCCUUGAGCCAUUUGUGCGUAUAAAACGGAAGAAGUCAGUUGUCCUUUUGGGAUAUGCUGGGAAGGAUUACUAUGGGAUGCAGAGGAAUCCCGAUGUGAAAACUGUUGAGCAGGAAUUGUUGUCGGCUAUGCUGAAGCAUAAAUGGAUUACUGAGGAAGCCUACAAUAUGCCACAAUCCAUUGCUUUUCAGCGUGCUGCACGUACGGAUAAAGGGGUCUCUGCUGUGAGGCAGUGCGUUUCAUUGAAGCUUCCUUUGGAGCUCGAUGUUCCUGCUCUUAAUACGGAUUUGCCCAAGGAAAUAAGGGUUUUUGCUGUAAGGACCGUCACGCAGGGAUUUAAUUCAAAGAAUGAUUGUAUGGCCCGGACAUACACCUACACACUUCCCACAAUAGCACUGGACAAGGAUGCGUGGAAGGAUACUGCAGUGGAUACAGUAAUGGAAGGCUAUAGAAUUCCACGGGAGAUAAUUGAGAAAUUCGGAGAUGUUCUGAAGAAGUACGAAGGUACAAAGAAUUAUCACAAUUUCACAAUUAAAAAGGAACACCUGGAUCCAUCGGCAAAGCGCUACAUCACUUCCUUCACAACAGGGGAACCUUUUGUGGUGAAGGAUGUGGAAUUUAUGGUACUCAAAGUAACUGGACAGAGUUUCAUGAUGCAUCAAAUACGGAAAAUGGUUGGUUUAGCCUUGUCCAUCAUCCGUGGUCAUGAAAACAUUGAUAUGCUCGAUAAAGCCUUCACGGCUGAACGAAUAUACAUUCCUAGAGCACCUGGAUUGGGUCUUGUUCUCGAUCGAUUGCACUACGAUCGCUACAAUCGCCGGUAUGGUAAUGAUGGGAUUCAUUGCCCGCUGACUUGGGAAGAAUUUGAGGAGGAAAUUCAGCAAUUUGUACGGGAGCAAAUCUAUCCUAUUAUAACGGAGACAGAAAUUACGGACAAACCAUUCUUAAAUUGGCUUGAGAUGAAACUUUCCAAUCACAACUAUGCUGGGAGAUCAAUGGAUGAUCAGGAGAAUAGCGAAGAUGAGGAUGAGUGGCAAGAUGAAGGGAAGGCUACUAAGAAGGUGACUCAGGAUGUUGAUCUUCCGGAGAAUAUCGUCAAUGAGGAACCAAUGAAGAGUGUAUCAUGAUUUUAAUUAAAAUCCUCAGAACAGCAGUGCAGAGAAAA